AUGAGUAUAACAACUAAUUCAUUGAAAUCUUUAAAGUUCACUAAUUCAGAAUUAGAAAAUAUUUUAGAAAAUUUUGGAGACGGUUCUUAUCCAACAUAUAUGCAGAAUGUGAAAGAGUUUUCCAGAUUGUUGAAUGAAUUUAAAUAUAACGGGCCAAUUACUAAAAAGGCUAUAAUGAGAUAUUUAUAUCCCAAAAAAGUUGAAAAACAGAAGAAUAUUCCUCUUUAUGGUCCAGAGGACCUGGGCUCAGAGAGCCUUGAAACACCUCCUGAAUAUUUUGAAGAAAAAAUUAAACAAGAUGAAUAUUAUAACGAUGAGAUUGAGAAAUUGGAACAAUUAAGAAAUGAAAUAGAUGAAAAAAUUAAGGAAUUGAGAAAUGCUGAGAAUGAAGUAGAGGGUUUAAUGAAUAUCCCAGCUUCAGAAUCAGAAGUUCAAAAAUCACAUGAGGAAAGAUAUAAAAAUUACUUUUUGGAAUCUACUAAAAAUUUAUUAGAUGGUGAUAUUGACGAAACACUUUCAGAAGAAGGCACAAAAUUUAUUCAUAAACAUAAGCUUCAGUUUAUUGACGAUGGAGAUUAUCCAUGUAUAUUACUUUCACCUCCUCUUGAUUCUGAAAAAUUCAAAAAAAGCACUGAAAAAU